AUGGCCUCGAAAAAUAACCUGGCGACUAUCCAUCUCGAAGCGACGGAAAAGGAAAAUGCUUACGCGACCAACCAAGGAAUUGUAAUUGAUGCAUCCACGGAUAGAAAACUCUUCUGGAAAAUUAGUCGUCGUAUCCUUGUUUUCCAGGUGAUCACUUACUUCUUCCAAUCCCUGGACAAGGGGAUCCUCAAUUAUGCUUCCAUUAUGGGAAUUAAGAAAGACGCACACCUUGUGGGACAACAAUAUUCAUGGUUGGGAACCAUUCUAUAUAUUGGCAUCCUAGUCGGUGAAUAUCCUCAAAAUGUUCUCCUUCAAAAGUUUCCCGUGGCGAAGACUCUUGCGGUCAACGUCUUUAUAUGGGGAGCCGUUGUGACAUGCUCGGCCGCUUCAACCCGGUUUGCAUCCCUGAUGAUGGUCCGAUUUCUGUUGGGGUUUUUCGAAAGUUGCGUUCAACCGGCCAUGAUGCUACUGACUACAAUGUGGUAUAGAAGAGAGGAGCAGUCUCUCUUGAAUUCGAUUUGGUACUGCAUGUAUGGAGUGCAAUUAAUGGUCGGAGGACUUUUAUCCUUUGGUGUCUCCCAUUUCACUAAUGGACCGAUCAAAAACUGGCAGCUCCUAUAUGUAGUUCUAGGUGUCGCAACCUGCGUCUGGUCCGUCUGCAUUGGUAUCUUUCUGCCGGACAGUCCUAUGUCGGCCAAGUGCUUCAGCGAGGAAGAUAAAGCCUUGAUGAUUGAACGCGUCCGCCACAAUGAGACCGGUAUUGAGAACAAAAAUUAUAAGAAAUACCAGGUUAUUGAAUCCAUCAAAGAUCCAUUUGUGUGGUGCUGUGUCCUGCUCAUUGCUGUCGCUAACCUGGUAAUCGGCGGUCUUGGGGUAUUUUCUAACCUCAUUAUUCAACAAUUCGGGUUCUCGAUGCUGCAGACGGAUCUCCUCAACAUCGCCCAAGGAGCAUGGACGAUUGCAGUGAUGGUAGGGUCCGCAUGGGCGUCCGAGAGAUUCGGACAAACAUGCUUUGUUAUGAUUCUGUGGUCUGUGCCAGCCAUUGUUGGCACUAUUGUCAUCCUCGUGGUCACGCCCUCCGCCUCCAACGCAGGGGGCAUGCUUAUCGCCUUUUACUGCACACAAUUUUUUCUCGCCGAGGGCAACAUGAUAAUUUCACUGAUCACACGUAAUAUUGCCGGACAAACCAAAAAGGGCUUCACCAUGACCAUGCUCUUCAUCGGCUGGGCUGUUGGCAAUCUGAUUGCGCCGCAAAUCUUCCAAAAUUCUGACGCCCCCAGGUAUCUACAUGGCUUUUUGGCACAUAUUGUCAUAUACGCCGUUUAUGUUUGCCUAGUUCUCGUGACAAGAGUCAUUCUUGUGCGUAGGAAUCGGACCAAGAACCAGCAGUCUAGAGAAAUAUCCCAUGAUUUGGCAUUUGAGGAUCUCACAGAUCUCGAAAAUCCCAACUUUCGUUAUGUAUAUUAG